AUGUCAUCCCGAUCUCCCAAAGCAACCAUCCUCCUCAUCCACGGCGGCUGGCAAACCCCCGCCCACUACGCGACACUCACCACUUACCUCCGCGCCGCCGGCCACGAAGUCCACGCCCCGCGCCUGCCCUCAACAAACGGCGCCCGCCCCCCAACCGCCACCCUAGCAACCGACACCGCGCUGAUCCGCUCGACCGCCGAGGGCCUCGUCUCCGCAGGCCACAAGCUCAUCGUCCUCAUGCACUCGUACGGCGGCCAAGUGGGGACAAACGCACUAGCGGGUCUGAGCGUCGCAACCCGCGCAAAGCAGAGCCUCCCCGGGGGCAUCGCGCGGCUUGUGUACAUUGCAGCGUUUGCGCUCGCCCCGGGCGAGAGCAUGAUGGGGAUGGUGAAGGAGAUGGGGGACGAGGGGCUGAUCGCGGUGGCGUUUGAGUUUGAUUCCGAUGGGAUUGCGCGCGAUCGCGAUCCGCGGAAUCUGCUUGUGGGGCCGGGAUUGGCGGAGGCGGAGCUGGACGCUUUUGUUGCGAGUUUGGUUGUGUGGAAUGGGAGUGUCAUGUAUCAGGGGCUUGAGGAGUGUGCGUGGAUGGAUGGGGGUGUGCGGGUUUCGUAUGUUUGUACGGUGAACGAUAUGACGGUGCCGUUGGGGUAUCAGCGGGUUAUGAUUGAGCGGAUGAGGGAGGGGGGGAAGGAGGUUGAGGUCUUUGAGAUGGAGACCGGGCAUUGUCCGCAGGUUACGAUGCCGAAGGAGUUGGGGGAGAUUGUGAGUGGGAUUGUCACGGCGGAGGAGGCGAGGUGGGUUGAGUAG